CCAGAAUGGCGCCUGCCGUUGUUUUGCCUGUAGAAGAACUCAACAACAGACAGCCUGAAGUUGAGGGUGAGGAAAUAGACGACGAAGGGGCUCCCGAAGAAGGCACUGGUGCAGGCAAGAAGAAGAAAAAGAAGAAAAAGUCCAAGAAGAAGAAGGCUGAACAGACAGAGCCCCCUCGCAUCCCCAUCAGCAAGCUCUUCCCCGGCGGGCACUACCCCGAAGGCGAAUCCGUGCCCUACAAGAAUGACAACACCUGGCGCACGACCUCGGAGGAGAAACGCCAUCUCGAGCGCAUCCAGAAUGAGAAUCCCGAGCUCACAUACGAGUACAUCCGGCGGGGCGGCGAGGUGCACAGACAGGUGCGGCGGGCGGCGCGCAAGUUCAUCCAGCCUGGGCGGUCUAUGGUCGAGAUCGCGGACUACAUCGAGGACAGCGUCCGCGCGCUCGUUGAGGCAGACGGGCUCGAGGCUGGGAUCGGCUUCCCGACGGGCCUGAGUCGAAACCACGUCGCGGCACACUACACGCCAAACCCGGGAGACACGUCCAAGCUUGAGAAUGGAGAUGUCCUCAAGGUCGAUUUUGGUGUACAGGUCAAAGGGCGGAUUGUGGACUCGGCAUUUACGUUGUGUUUCGAUCCGACGUACGAUAGGCUCCUUGAGGCUGUCAAGGCAGCGACGAAUGCUGGGAUUCGGGAAGCAGGCAUCGAUGCACGGUUAGGUGAACUCGGUGGUAUAAUACAGGAGACGAUGGAGUCCUAUGAAGUCGAGGUGAACGGCAAGAUUUUGCCAGUAAAAUCAAUCACGAAUCUCAGCGGCCAUUCGAUUGGACGGUACUCAAUCCACGGAGGUGGAAAAUCAGUUCCGCUCAUCCCAACUGACGACCAGACGAAGAUGGAAGAGGGAGAAUACUUUGCGAUCGAAACAUUCGGUAGCACUGGCCGAGGGCGAGUAAUCGAAAGCGGCGAGGUGUCACAUUAUGCCAAAAUGGACGAUGCUCCUCAUGUCCCAUUAAGACUAACAUCGGCCAAGUCAUUGCUUAACACGAUCACGCAAAAGUUCAAUACUCUUGCUUUCUGUCGGCGAUACCUGGAACACGAGGGUGAAAGCAAGUACUUGCUCGGGCUGAAUCAUUUGGUGCAGCAAGGUAUUGUACAGGAAUACCCACCGCUUGUGGACCAGCGAGGAUCAAUGACAGCCCAAUUCGAGCACACUAUUCUGCUGCGGCCGACGGCGAAGGAGGUAGUGAGUCGAGGAGAUGAUUACUGAGAUCAUGGCACGCAUAGUAUUUGGUUACCGCACAGCAGGAUGAUCCGAGCAACGGAAUAUGAAAAUUGCCUGUGUAUGCUGAGGAAACUUGAUUUGGGGUCGUCAAGAGAUGCGGCUUGUGAGGAAAGUGGAAUCGCGGGGAAGUGGGGAAAGCGGAGCGGCAAAUGGUAUAGCCACCGACGAGACCCCUGUGUAGUUAUGCGUAUGACCUGGCAGUGGUAUGACAAGAAUGUGG